AUGCCUUCUAUUCGCAAAUUCCUCGUAGCCACAGUCAAUUUCUCGGUCCUUGUAAACGGGUUAACAUGGACACCAUGUGGUACUGGAGUAGAUUGUGCAACACUUGAAGUUGCCCUCGAAUACGGUGAUACGACAUCCACGGCAAAAGCCAGCAUUGCAUUCGCUCGACACAAUGCUACUAUUGCAGCAAGCAAAAACUUGGAUCUCUACUAA